GCUCUAAAUGACGGCUCGAGUGCCGCCAAUUGUCAUCGUCGGCGACGAUACGUCAUCCCAAACACGCCGCAUGAUAAUAGCUCGUGUCGUAAAGCACAAUCGCCGUUCCGGAGUACUGUGCAUGUGGCACUCGCGCCGCACGGUUCGGUUGUAGUCAUUAAUGCAUUCUUCAUAGUUAAGAUAAUUAAGAUAAUUUUAAUUCUCUUACGAAGAUGAGGGUCCUUGUAUUUUUUUAUAUAUUCUCGUUAUGCUCCAGUCAACUUGGAGCGGAUAAAAAGAUCAAUAAAUAUGUGACAACUUUAAUAGACGCCAAAUGGAACGAAACACCUCUUGUUCUUGAGGCAGCUGAAUAUCUCAAUGAUGAAAAUCCAAGUUACUUUUGGAAAUUUAUUGAUUCGUAUUCUAAAAGGAUCAGCAAUCUUGUACUAGCUACACAGAAAGAGAAUUAUGAUGUAAUUUUGGAAUUAGCUAGAAAGUAUCUUUCCGAAUCUGAGAUAGCCGUCUUUAAGUUAGGAUUGUCCUUACGUAUUUAUUCCGCACGUGUGGAAAUGUUCUCUCAAAUGGCUGUGAAUAAAAAUGUUUCUUUAUACGAAUGCAAUAAUGUUGUUAACGUUGGUGGAACAUUUACCUGUUCUUUAGAAGAUAUAGAUAAAUUGCUUGAGCAGGAUACAUGGGAAGCUAUAGAUACCUAUGAUGUAGAUCAUCGAUACUUAAGUACUCUAGAAUCUGAUAAAGUAAUCAUAUUAUAUGGUCAGAUUGGGACUCCUAUGUUCACUGAUUUCCAUGAGAAAUUGAAAAAUAUAGCGGAAACAAAAGGAAUCAACUAUAUCCUUCGUCACUAUGUGAAGGAAAGGGAAGACAAAAGAUUGCGUUUAUCGGGUUAUGGCGUAGAAUUGCAAAUGAAAUCUACAGAGUACAAAGCGACUGACGAUUCUGAUAUCAAAGACAAUGCAGGAAAAAACUCUGAAGUGGCAAAUGAUGGCAUGGAAGAAAUCGAAGGGAUCAACUUUAUGACUUUAAAAAAAUUAUAUCCAGAUCUGCAGGCUGAAUUGGAUAAAAUACAGACAUAUUUAUUGGAAACCAGUCACGAAAUCGGAGCUUUCAAAGUAUGGCAAUUUCAAGAACUGAGUCAUCAGGCAGCCGAGAGGAUAAUGAAGUCUCCUUCUAUAGAAGCAUUAAACAUCUUGACUGAUAUAUCGCAAAAUUUUCCUAUGCAAGCAAAAUCAUUAAUUAGAACUAAAGUGGAUAGCGAUAUGAAGAAAGAAAUGAAAUUGAAUCAGGAAAUAUUCAUGGCAAGUCUAAAUAUACAACCAACUGAUACAGCGCUUUUCAUCAAUGGUUUUUUUGAUCUGGAGGCUAUUGACGUUCUAACCCUUUUAGAAUCUUUGAGGAGCGAGCUACGAGUGAUGGAAGCUCUUCAUAAGAUUGGUUUUAGUAAUAAAAAAAUGAGCAAACUAUUAGCUUUGGACUUAUCUGGAAGUACAGAUAAUCAAAAUUUUGCUAUGGAUAUAAGAGAUUCCGCAAUUAAUUGGAUCAAUGAUAUUGAAAAUGACUCACGUUAUAGUAAUUGGUCACCAUCAUUAACCGAAUUAUUACGGCCGACAUUUCCUGGCAUGCUCAGAAAUAUUAGAAGAAAUUUGUAUAAUCUAGUAUUAAUUGUUGAUCCUCUAAGCGAAGAUUCUAUCCCAUUGAUAUCUUUAGCGCAAUCUCUUUAUGCGCAUUCUGCACCACUGAGAGUAGGAUUUGUCUUUGUGACAAAUUAUAAUACAUCUGUAACAGGUUUAAUGGAUGCCAGUGUUGCAGUUAACAAUGCGUAUCACUAUUUUGCAGACUCUAAAAGCCCGAAAGUGGCUUUACAUUUUUUGUCAGAGUUAGGAAAUCACAUUGUGUCUUAUGGUGCCGAUGUAAAUGGUGUAAAAAAAAUUAUUAAAUCUAAAGAUUCAUCGGCUCCUAUAUCUUACAUCCUUGGUGAGGAGUCAGAAUACGAUGUAGGUCGGCAUUUAGCUAGUGACUUUGUAAAACGAUGCGGUUUCAAGAAAUUCCCACAAGCUUUAUUGAAUGGUGUACCUUUGACGCCCAAUCAAAUAAAUGCUGAAUCGUACGAGGAAGCAGUGUUGUCUACCAUUAUGUCGCAGACACCUACAUUGCAAAAAGCAGUGUAUCGAGGCGAAGUAACGGAAGGAGAUGAUAUCGUUGAUUUUCUCAUGAACCAGCCAAAUGUUAUGCCACGAUUGAACGAGCGUAUUUUGAAGAUGGACAAGAAUGCAUGGUUAAAUUUAAUUGGCACGAUUCCUGAAAAUGAUGACUAUAUUAAAUGGGCUCCUCAGGAUCUAUCAACUUAUUUGAUGAAAAAAAUGCAUUACUUUUUUGUACCACGUCGCAACGUACAUCAUUUAUAUUCUUUCUGGGUUGUAGCUGAUUUGAAAUCAUUGUCUGGCAGGCAGCUACUACGAGAAGCCCUUGAAUAUGUAGAAUCAAAUACCGAUGCGAGGGUUAGUAUUAUUAUUAAUGCAAAAGAUGACGCAAGUGUAAAAUCUGAUAUUAAUAAAAUUGCACUUGCUACACUAAGCGCGUUAUCACCAGAAAAAGCUAUACUUUAUAUACAUAAAAUUCUCAAAGAGGAUAAUGCAGUUCUUAUUGCUGAUGGUAAUUUUGAAAUCGAGGAUGAAUCUGUGGCAGCAGUCUUAGAGAAUCAAAGUUCGAUAUUAUCAUUACAUCAACAUUAUGCCAAAACCGUUUUAAACUUAGAAACGGGAGCAAGAGUAGUUUUAUGCAAUGGCCGUAUUAUAGGUCCUUUAGAUAAUGGUGAAGAAUUUACAAGUGAAGAUUUUUCCUUGUUAGAAAGGUUUAGUCAAAGUACCUAUGGUGAAAAAUUAUUUAUGAAACUGAUAAAAGAUCAAAUCUUUGUCGAAGAUGAAUAUGAAGAGAAUGAUAUUACUGAUGAUAUGAUUAUGAAAAUUACUGCACUUUUGGUGCCUCGUCCACAAACUCGAAGUCGGUAUGAUGUUCCUUUCCAUGGAGACGAUCAUAGUGUCAUAAAAAUUUCAGCCACCAAUCCCGAUGAAGUCGCCUUCAACUUCAUUGCCAUUGUAGAUCCAGUUUCACGCGGUGCUCAAAAAUUGGGUCCGAUAUUAAAAACGCUACAACAAGCUUUAAACUGCAAUAUAAAAGUAUUUUUAAACUGUGUAGACAAGAAUAGCGACAUGCCAUUGAAGAGUUUUUAUCGAUUUGUACUCGAACCCGAGUUGCAGUUCACAGCAGAAGGAGAUAUCAGUGGUUCUAUCGCAAAGUUCACAAAACUGCCUACUUCAUCAUUAUUAACGCAAUACAUUCAUGCACCUGAGAAUUGGCUCGUGGAGGUAGUUCGCAGUGUUUACGAUUUAGAUAAUAUUAAGCUUGAUAAUGUUGCAAUGGGUGUACACAGUGAAUUCGAGUUGGAAUACUUGCUGCUCGAGGGCCACUGUUUUGAAGCAGUAAUGGGGAAUCCACCAAGAGGCCUUCAGUUCACGUUGGGCACCGAGAGACAACCCGUAAUGGUUGAUACUAUAGUAAUGGCCAACUUAGGAUACUUUCAACUUAAAGCAAAUCCCGGCGAAUGGGUAUUGCGGCUUCGGCAAGGACGAUCCGCAGAGAUAUAUGACUUUACUACUGUUGAUGGGCAGGAUGUUAUUCAGAACGGCAACGACGUAAAAGUUCUGAUAAGUUCACUGAGGAGUCACGUGUUGAAAGUGAAGGUUUCUAAGAAAGCGGACAAAGUAGGAAUGGACCUUUUAUCAGACAAUGAAAAGGAUUCUGGAUUAUGGAAUUCUAUUUCUAGCAUUGCCAAAUUUUGGACAUUUACGACGACAGAUGAAAAUGAAGAUCAAGAUGAAAAAUUAAAUAUCUUCUCUCUUGCCUCUGGCCAUUUAUAUGAAAGAUUCUUGAAGAUUAUGAUGCUAAGUGUUAUUAAACACACUAAGACACCAGUGAAAUUCUGGUUCUUAAAAAAUUAUCUUUCACCAACAUUAAAGGAUUUUCUGCCACAUAUGGCUAAGGAAUACGGCUUUGAAUAUGAACUCGUUCAAUAUAAAUGGCCUCGCUGGCUUCAUCAACAAACUGAGAAACAGAGAACUAUUUGGGGCUACAAAAUCCUGUUUCUCGAUGUACUAUUUCCUUUGAAUGUUAAGAAAAUAAUAUUCGUUGAUGCCGAUCAGGUGGUAAGAGCAGAUCUAAAGGAAUUAGCAAAUUUGGAUCUCGGUGGUGCACCAUAUGCGUACACGCCAUUCUGUGACAGCAGAACCGAAAUGGAUGGUUUCAGAUUCUGGAAACAAGGAUAUUGGAGAAAUCACUUGCAAGGUCGUGCUUACCAUAUUAGUGCAUUAUACGUGGUUGAUCUCAAACGAUUCCGUCGUAUCGCCGCUGGAGAUAGACUACGAGGACAAUAUCAGGCGUUGAGUCAAGAUCCAAACAGCUUGGCGAACCUUGAUCAAGACCUCCCGAAUAAUAUGAUCCAUCAAGUGGCCAUCAAGACGCUACCACAGGAAUGGCUAUGGUGUGAAACGUGGUGUGACGAUGCAUCCAAGCGAUAUGCCAAAACUAUAGAUUUAUGUAAUAAUCCGAUGACGAAAGAAGCGAAAUUACAAGCAGCUAUGCGAAUCUUGCCUGAAUGGGUGGGUUACGAUGAAGAAAUUAAAGCUUUGCAGCAAAAGGUAGAAAAUGCUAACAGACAGACGGAGAAAGAUAGUGAAACUGGUGAAUCUGUCUCGCUGCAUGAAGAAUUGUAAAUUACGUUUAUAUAAAUCGACCCGAGGGAUAUAUUAAACCCUAAGAUCGUUGAAAAAAAUUUUAUAAAAUUCUGUAUAAAGAAAUCUUUGUUCGCUUAGGUUAAUAAGCGUCGUAAAUACGUAAAAAUUUUCAUAUUUCACUUUUGUAAUUAACGUUUGGCACUUUAUGUGUAAAUAUUUGUCGAUGCUCGUGUAAAACUCAAAAAUAAGGAUGUAUUCAAAGCUGAAGAUUUUUGUUACUUAUUCUCAUUAGAUCCACACUUUGCAUGUAAUUAUAAAUCAUGGACUCGAAAAAAAUAUCAUUUUUCUGAAUAGGAAAUUAAAUCAUUUCAGAAGAUGAAACAAGAGUAAAAUCCAACUAAUAAUUGUUGAGAUUACAGUAUUCUGAUUAUUCAUGGGCACACAAUUUUAUUCAUGUUAUUAAGUCAAUUGUGAUUUAAUAUUGUCUACUACAAUAGUUAUAAGAAAUAAACUUGUAACAUUUGUAAAA